AUGCCGCUCGGUCAAAGAGCCGGCGACGCGAGCGAAUCGCGAUACUGCGGUGCCGAUGUCGCUUAUAGCGAGGACAUCCAUCACACAUUGGCGGCGAACUUGGCAGGAGGCUUUGAUUUCAUCGUCGCUCCUCUAACCGACCCGUCCUACCGGCCGAGCGAAGCUAAGCCCGCCGCGGCAGGCGGAGCGGUGGUGCCGCCUUUCGCGGGAUCGGAUCUGGUGCUGAGCCCGUCGCAAUGGAGCAGCCACGUGGUCGGCAAGCUCUCCACGUGGGCUGACGUGGACUCCCCGGAUGCGCUUAUGCGAUCUGACAGCGAGACAGUGAUUAAACAGGAGAUCAGCUGGGCCUCGCAUUUGUCACUUCAGGCGUGCCUGCUGCCGACACCCAGGGCUCUUGACUGUGGCAACUACGCGCGCUGUGGCAGCCACAGCUAUACAACAGCUGUGGCAGCCACAGCUAUACAACAGCUGUGGCAGCCACAGCUAUACAACAGCUGUGGCAGCCACAGCUAUACAACAGCUGUGGCAGCCACAGCUAUACAACAGCUGUGGCAGCCACAGCUAUACAACAGCUGUGCUGUGGCUGCGUCAUAUCCUAUCCCCCCUGGUGGCGCCAGAGCUGUGGAUGCGCAUCCCCAUAGUGGCACCGGAGCUGCAGGCAGCAGAGGGCAGUCCAAUGCAGUCCCUGCCGCCCUGCUUGCUCCUUGUCUUUUCUGCGUCCCCUCACUGGCCUGGUCUCCUCUCCCCCCUCAUCCCCCCUACCCACACAAGCUGUGGAUGCGCAUCCCCAUAGUGGCACCGGAGCUGCAGGCAGCAGAGGGCAGCGCGGAGGAGGACGCUGUGAUGCUGGCAGCAGAGGGCAGCCCGGAGGAGGAUGAUGGUGCGUGGGGUGGGGGUGAUGGUGCAUGGGGUGGGGGUGAUGGUGCGUGGGGUGGGGGUGAUGGUGCGUGGGGUGGGGGUGAUGGUGCGUGGGGUGGGGGUGAUGGUGAGUGGGGUGGGGGUGAUGGUGCGUGGGGUGGGGGUGAUGGUGAGUGGGGUGGGGGUGAUGGUGAGUGGGGUGGGGGUGAUGGUGCGUGGGGUGGGGGUGAUGGUGAGUGGGGUGGGGGUGAUGGUGAGUGGGGUGGGGGUGAUGGUGCGUGGGGUGGGGGUGAUGGUGAGUGGGGUGGGGGUGAUGGUGCGUGGGGUGGGGGUGAUGGUGCGUGGGGUGGGGGUGAUGGUGAGUGGGGUGGGGGUGAUGGUGCGUGGGGUGGGGGUGAUGGUGAGUGGGGUGGGGGUGAUGGUGAGUGGGGUGGGGGUGAUGGUGCGUGGGGUGGGGGUGAUGGUGAGUGGGGUGGGGGUGAUGGUGCGUGGGGUGGGGGUGAUGGUGCGUGGGGUGGGGGUGAUGGUGAGUGGGGUGGGGGUGAUGGUGCGUGGGGUGGGGGUGAUGGUGCGUGGGGUGGGGGUGAUGGUGAGUGGGGUGGGGGUGAUGGUGCGUGGGGUGGGGGUGAUGGUGAGUGGGGUGGGGGUGAUGGUGAGUGGGGUGGGGGUGAUGGUGAGUGGGGUGGGGGUGAUGCAGCGCGACCCCAACACCAGCCGAAUGGUGAACGACAGCAGCGCGACCCCAACACGAACCGAAUGGUGAACGACAGCUGGGAGUGGUGGAACGCCUUCCGCUGCCUGUGUGAGCACCACGGGCACCUCUCUGUCGCGCUCGACAUCACCGGGUCACUCCCCUCGCCAUCUGCCCUGCACCGGUGGCUGGGAGAGCCAGUCAGAGCAGCCAUUCUGCACACAUCUAUAGUGAUAUGCGGGCAGCCCCUGCACGGCCCCUCUGACGCCGCUGCCAUGGAGGCAUCGGCAGGCAGCAGUGGUGACAGCGGCAACGAGGGCAGUGAUGGCGGUGAGUGGUGGUGGAAUGCGGUGCAUAUGGCGGCACAGUCAUCCCCUCCCCAAGAAUCCCUUGUCCCUGUACCUGGAGUACACACAGCAACUGUGCCCCACACCCACCCACCCACCCUCUCGGGCCCCUCCUUCCCCCCCUGCUUCCUCUCUCACAGGCGACACAGCGACACAGUCAUCCCCAAGCAUCCUCUGCGCCUCUACCUAGAGUACAUCGCCCAUCUCUACCGCAAGCUCGACCCCUUGACGGAGCAGGAGCGCUUUGAGUACAUCGCUCAGUUCAACCGCAAGCUGGACCCGCUCACAGAGCAAGAGAGGUUCGAGUUGGCAAGCGGUGUGGUGAUCACCCCUAUGCCAUCUGAACCCUCUCAUUUCCCUCCCACACCUGUUCUCUGCCUUUGCCUGUGCUCUCUUUUCUCUCCUCCUCCGCUUCUGCCGUGCUUCUCAUCUGUUCCUUUCCUCCAUCUUGGUCCUCUCUCCGUCCCCUUCACCUCUUCCUCUCCCUGUUUCCUCUCCCUCUUUCCUCUCCCUCCUUCCUCUCCCUCCUUCCUCUCCCUCUUUCCUCUCUCUCCUUCCUCUCCCUUUUCCUCUCCCUCUUUCUUCUCCCUCUUUCCUCUCCCUCUUUCCUAUCCCUCUAUCCACUCCCACUAUUCGCUCCCUCUUUCUUCCCCCGGCCCCAUGGCAGAUCGGCUAUCGGGACUUCCUACAAGCCCCACUCCAGCACUCAUUCUCGCUGCUGCCCAACUUGUUCUUAUCUGCCCCAGUGUCAAUCCCCUCUCCGCCGCACACCUCCUCCUCUCUCUUCUCUCUCACUCCCUGCCUAAUGCUGUCGUCCCCCCUUCUCUCCCCUCCUCCCCAUCACAGCCACUGAUGGAUAAUCUUGAGGCACAGACUUACGAGACGUUUGAGAAGGAUGCUACAAAAUACUCGCAGUAUCAAAAGGCAGUGUACGCUGCAUUGAUGGACCGCAUGCCUGAGAGCAAGGCAGAGAGCAGCACCGUGGUGAGUGCCGAUUCUCUGCAUCAUUCACCAGCCCCUGUGUCUUGUAACUCACCUUUUGUUGCUCGCUGCUUUUACUAUCCCUCCUCUCGCAGCAUGUGUCUUAUAUGGUCGCUGCGUCCUUACUCACAUCACCUCUCUCAGGUGCUGAUGGUGGUGGGAGCGGGGCGAGGGCCGCUGGUCAGAGCAUCGCUGCAGGCAGCAGCGGAGGCGGGGCGCAAGCUGAAGGUGUAUGCCGUGGAGAAGAACCCAAACGCUGUCGUCACCCUGCAUAGUCUGGUGGCGUUGGAGGGAUGGCAGGAUAUGGUCACCAUCGUCUCGUCUGACAUGCGCAGCUGGAAAGCACCAGAGCUAGCAGACAUUCUAGUGAGCGAGCUGCUGGGGUCGUUUGGAGACAACGAGUUGUCACCCGAGUGCCUGGACGGGGCCCAGCGCUUCCUUAAACCCGACGGCAUCUCCAUCCCCGCCUCGUACACGAGCUACAUCGGCCCCAUCACCUCGUCCAAGCUGCACAACGACGUGAAGGGCUACAACGACCUGGCUCACUUUGAGACGGCCUAUGUGGUGAAGCUGCACAGUGCAGCGAGGCUCACAGAACCCAAAGAGGUGUUCACCUUCACCCAUCCCAACCGCCAAGAACCCAUCGACAACACCAGAUACAAGCGUUUGCUCUUCGACCUACCUCCUGACACCGGCUCUGCGCUAGUGCAUGGGUUUGGAGGGUACUUUGAUGCGGUGCUGUACGGUGACGUGCAUCUCGGCAUUGAACCCGCUACAGCCACUCCCUCCAUGUUCAGCUGGUUCCCCAUAUUCUUCCCGCUACGCUUCCCUGUUUACGUGCCAGUGGGGGAGAAGCUAGAAGUGCACUUUUGGCGAUGCGUUGGACCCACCAAGGUGUGGUAUGAAUGGGCAGUCACCGCACCUUCCAUGUCGCCCGUUCACAACCCUAACGGCCGCUCAUACUGGGUCGGAUUGUAG